AUGGCUACGACCCAGGAGACUCCUGCCCCCGCGGAGAGCCCAUAUCUACAGGAAGCGCAAGCAGCUGCCGACGAGCUGGGCCUGCCCUUGUCCGCUGCAGACGGUGUCAUCAAGAAACCGUUUGCCCGGCCGCUGGAUACGGCCAAGCCGCUGCCACCCCCGAAACUGACCUCCGACCAGGCUUCCAAAUAUGACCAGGUGCUGAAGGCCGUCUCGUCCUGGACGACCAUCCCCUCCAGCUCCGCGAAGGAUGCGCCAGAGACGCCGCUCACCGACGACGAACGCAUGUUCCUGACCCGCGAAUGCCUGCUUCGAUACCUUCGCGCGACCAAGUGGAACGUCCCGGAGGCUGUGAGCCGGAUCCGCAGCACGUUGAUCUGGCGUCGCGAAUACAUCGGGGACAAGUUGACGCCCGAGUACAUCUCAAUUGAGAACGAGACGGGGAAGCAGGUGAUUUUGGGCUUCGACGUCAAUGGGCGCCCGUGUCACUACCUCCUCCCGUCGAGACAGAACACUGAACGAAGCGACCGCCAGAUCGAGCACCUGGUGUACAUGCUGGAGCGGGUGAUCGAUCUGAUGCCGCCCGGCCAGGAGAGUCUGGCCUUGGUGGUGAAUUUCAAUGAGACCAAGUCUGGCCAGAAUUCCUCUAUUGCCCAGGCUAAGCAGACGCUGCACUUUCUCCAGAACCACUACCCCGAGCGAUUGGGACGAGCGCUGGUGAUCAAUGUCCCGUUCGUCAUCUGGGGUUUCUUCAAGAUCAUCAGCCCGUUUAUCGACCCCGUCACUCGGCAGAAGCUCAAGUUCAACGAGGAUCUGUGUCAACACGUGCCACCCACACAACUCAUGAAGGGGACUGGCGGAGACGUCGAGUUCGAGUACGACCAUUCAGUAUACUGGCCUGCGCUGAACAAACUCGCCGAGCAGCGGAGGAAGGCAUACCGUGAGCGUUGGAUCAAGGCUGGAAAGCGCAUUGGCGAACAUGAAGACUACCUGAAGGGUGGCGCGGCGCCGAGCCUGGCCGCUACGGAGGGCAAGUCUGCAGACGAGCUGGGGGAGAAGACGGAUACCUUGAAGGUUGAGGCGCCGACAAAUGAGCAGGCCCAGAGUAACGCCGCUUAA